AUGGUCAACAAACCGCAUGCGCCACGAGCCGGCAAUAAAAAGAAAACUCCCGCCUCCGCCGCCGCAUUGAACGAGGAAGACACCAGCUAUAUUGUCUUUGGCAACGAGAAACCGAAGAAACCAAAACCGACGAAUACAGAGGAGCCGCAAGCGAGCGGAAGCAAAGCAAAAACUUCCGCUGCUGGUUCAAAUGGCGCAGCUACAGAAGAGACGAAACCCGAGGAGAAAAAACCAGAUCCCAAGAUCCUCAUUGGAGGCCCAUCAUGGACCGGCAAACUACCCAUGACCCUCUUCAACGAGCAUUGCCAAAAGCAAAGAUGGGAAAGAGUCGAAUACACAGUCCACCGCAACGGCCAAGGCUUCACAGGAGGCGUGAUCAUUAAGAAGAAGGAUCCCAAAACUCACGCCUUGACCAUUCUCCCACCGAUCAUGCCGCCAAUAGACUACAACAAAGAGCGAGGGACACAGGAAACCGCGAUCGAGGCGCGACAUUUCGCCGCGGCGUAUGCUCUGUUUCGAGUGAGCAAUAUGAAGAAUAUACACAUGAUGCUGCCGCCGAAAUAUCGAGAUUUGUGGAAGGGAGAUUUUCAGGACCUGAAGAGCGAGGCGACGGCGAGCGGGCAGGGAUAUCUGUAUGAGGCGGAUCCGUUUCUGGCGAAGAAGAAGCAUGAUGAGGCGAUGGUUGCGAAGGAGAAGGCGAAGGUCGACAAGGCGAAGCAGAAGGUUGAAGAUAAGAAGCUGGAGGUUGUCAGCCUGGACGGGCAAGUGCAGAGCAAGCAUGUUCUGAAAGGAUGGAUGCGAGUGCCCAAGGUUGAGAUGGGUUUGAGGACAAGAAGAGAGGUUGAACGAUUGAUCCGACAAGGCGGAGCGUGGAAUCCGCACGAGGUGGUGUUGACGGCUGGACAGCGCAAAGCCAUUGUGGACGACUUGUCGAAUAUUGGCUUUCGCAGAAGUCAUGCUGAAGAGGCGAGUGAGAUUUGCAAGGAUCGAGAGGAGUGUCUGGACUGGCUGCUCAUUCAUGUGCCGGAGGACGACCUACCGAAGUGGACAUUGCCGGACAACUAUCUCGCAGGUGUGAGCCUGGCCAGUGGUGACAUGAAGCGGGAGGGGAGAUUGAAGCGACUUUCUGCUGCUGGAUAUUCCGCCGAGCUCUGUGCGGACGUUCUCGACUCUUGCAAUGGUGACGAAGCACGGACGGCGGAGAUCCUGCAGGCAAGACUUCUGGAGCAAGAGGCUAUGCCUUCGGCAAGCUCUCCUGGAUCGUACGGGGUAUGGGAUGAAGAGCAAGCGACGCUCGAGGCCAUUUUCGGCGAUCGUUACACCAACCACGACAGAUUAUGCACAAUCACACUGGAGUUGCAGACACCUUCGAAACAACCGAUCGUGCUCCGCGCUCGCCCUCCGAGCGAUGGCUACCCAUCAGCACUGCCUGUACUGUCAGUCGAUGCCGACUUGCCAGCAUACGUCAAGCUUAGUCUUCUCAAGAAGGUACUCACCGUUGCAAAGGAAGAGUACAGCGGCGACCAAAUGCUUUUCAGCAUCAUCGACUGGCUGGAACAGAAUAUUCCUCGUGUGAUCGAGAACCCCGGCAAGCUCAGCGAAGUCGCCAGUGCGACAGCUGCUUCCACCACGGAGCUCGCCCGUCCGCCGAGAGCGAAGAAACAAAGAAGACAACCUCAUCCCAUCUCUUGGAACUCCCAAAGUGGUGUCAGCCAGCGUCUACUGGAUGCUUGGAGGUCAAGACAAUCGACUCCCGACCAGCAGCGAAUGAUGAAAGGUCGACAAGGCUUACCAGCCUGGAAGUUGCAGGAUGCCAUCAUCCGAUCAGUGACGGACAACCAAGUCACUAUCAUUUCUGGAGAGACAGGAUCCGGAAAGUCCACACAGUCCGUGCAAUUCAUCCUCGACGACCUCCUCGAACGUGGUUUCGGUGAGCAAGCGAAUCUAAUAUGCACGCAGCCACGCCGAAUUUCAGCUCUCGGUCUGGCUGAUCGUGUGGCUGAUGAGCGGUGUGGCAGAGUUGGAGAAGAAGUCGGCUUCGCGAUUCGAGGCGAGUCGAAACAGAGACAAGGUGUGACCAAGAUCACAUUCGUGACGACCGGUGUCUUGCUUCGAAGGUUACAGACCUCAGGAGGCAGCACUGAUGACGUGGUGAGAAGUCUGGCGGACGUGAGCCAUGUUGUUAUCGAUGAGGUGCAUGAGCGCAGUCUAGACACCGACUUCUUGCUUGUGCUGUUGAGAGACGUGCUGAAGAAACGUAAGGACCUGAAGCUGGUGUUGAUGAGUGCUACGCUUGAUGCCAACACUUUUGAGAACUACUUCCGAGCGAGCUCCACUGUUGGUCAGGUGGAAAUUCAAGGUCGAACAUAUCCAGUGCACGACAUCUACCUCGACGAGAUCGUGCGCAUGACGGGGUUCGGCACUGUCGAGCCUGAGGACCCCACCGAGCCAGAGAUUGCUCCGAAUGAUCCUCACUUCCAUGCUUCCGGCACUUCGACACCUACCACAGGCGCUCCCAGCAUCGGCAACGCUUUACGAGCCGUCGGUACGAGGAUCAACUACGAACUCAUCGCACGAACAGUAGAACACAUCGACCACCGUCUCGGCGACAUCGAAGGCGGCAUCCUCAUCUUUCUCCCCGGUGUGGCAGAAAUCGACCAAACUCUCCGAGCUCUCCGGAGCAUGUCUAAUCUCCACGCCCUGCCCCUUCAUGCCUCCCUCCAAAGCUCUGAGCAACGAAAAGUCUUCCCUCGAGCUCCCUCCGGCAUGCGAAAAGUCAUCUGCGCCACCAACGUCGCAGAAACGUCAAUUACGAUAGAGGAUAUCGUGGCAGUCAUCGAUACUGGCCGAGUCAAGGAAACGAGCUUCGACCCUGCUAAUAACAUGGUCAAGCUCGCAGAAGUCUGGGCGUCUCGAGCGGCAUGCAAACAGCGGAGGGGUCGUGCUGGACGUGUGAGGGCUGGUGAGUGCUACAAGCUGUAUACACGCUCUGCGGAGGCGAAGAUGGCUGAACGACCGGAUCCGGAGAUUCGUCGUGUGCCGUUGGAGCAGCUUUGUCUGUCAGUGAGAGCGAUGGGUGUGAGUGAUGUACCCGCGUUCUUGGCUUCAGCAUUGACUCCACCCGAGUCUCUGGCUGUGGCUGGUGCACUGAAGCUGUUGACGAGGAUGGGAGCGCUAGACAGCGCUGACUUGACGGCACUCGGUCGGCAUCUCUCAAUGAUCCCAGCUGAUCUCCGCUGUGGCAAGCUCAUGGUCUACGGCGCCGCAUUCGGCUGUCUAGAAGCCUGCUUGACCAUCGCCGCCAUCCUCACCGUCAAAUCUCCCUUCGUCAGCCCUCAGCCGAAGCGAGAAGAAUCCAAAGCCGCCCGCGCAGCCUUCGGCGGUGGCAACGGCGACCUCCUCUGCGACCUCCACGCCUUCGAAGAAUGGUCCUCCCGCCGGUCGGCCGGUGAGCCUACCUCCAUCACCCGCCGCUGGUGCGACGAGAACUUCCUCAACCACCAAACGCUCAUGGACAUCUCCACCAAUCGCACGCAAUACAUCUCCUCGCUCCAAGAAAUCGGCUUCCUCCCUCUCUCCUACCGCCCCAACCACCCUUCCGCCGCCGAAUUCAACGCCCAUAACACCAGCGAAGUCCUCAUCCGCGCGCUCGUCGCAGGAUCUUUCCAACCUCAACUCGCACGCAUCGAGUUCCCCGACAAGAAAUACGCCCAAGCAUCCUCAGGGGCCGUGGAAAUCGACCCGGAAGCCCGCACGAUCAAAUUCUUCAACGAGGAAAACGGGCGGGUGUUCGUACAUCCUUCCUCCACCCUCUUCGGCGCGCAGACAUUCCCCGGGAAUAGCAUGUACAUGAGUUACUUUACGAAGAUGGCGACGAGCAAAGUGUUCAUCCGCGACUUGACGCCUUUCAAUGUGUAUAGCUUGUUGAUGUUCUCGGGACCGGUGACGAUUGAUCCGCAAGGGAGAGGGUUGCUGGUGGAUGGAUGGGUGCGGUUGAGGGGAUGGGCGAGGAUUGGAGUGUUGGUGAGUCGGAUGAGGAUGAUGUUGGAUGAGUUGUUGGCGAGGAAGUUGGAGGAUCCGGGGUUGGGGAUGGGGGAGAGUGAGGUUGUGAGGGCGGUGAGGAGGAUGGUGGAGUUGGAUGGGUUGGAUCGAUGA